UAUACCGUGGCCAUCAUCUGCGCGUUGGGUCUGGAAACAAAUGCAGUCAUGGGCGUCAUGGAUGAGAUUUAUGAGAGCUUGCCUGAGGCAGCUCGUAAGGAUGCCAAUGCAUAUACAACCGGCCGCAUUGGGAAAACUUCCGUCGUCAUCGUCCACCUCCCCGGAAUGGGAAAGCUAAAUUCGGCCAACAGUACAAUGCGCCUCAAGUCGACCUUUCCAAAGGUGGGCCUUUGCCUGGUGGUCGGAGUGUGCGGUGGUGCACCCUACAAUUCUCGGGCAAAGAAGGAGAUCGUGUUGGGCGACGUGAUAAUCAGUACCGGACUGAAGCAGAUCGACUUCGGCCGCUACUAUGCUAACGGCUUCGUUCCGAAGGAUGACCCUGAAGAUAAUUUCGGGCGACCGGUGGACCGUCUGCGCUCUUUCUUGCGCAUGCUAAGUGAAACCAGCUACUAUUAUGAUCGUAUAAGUGAUGAAACGCGUACCACACUAAAAACGCUCCUUCGCUCAGCGACGGGCGAAAGUCUCGCCUACCCAGGUGCCCAUCGGGAUCAUCUGUAUGAAUCCAAUUACCAACAUCAAUGUCGUGCCAAAAGCGCAUGUGAAACAUGCAAUGUAACCGAUGGGACAGUUUGCCAAUAUGCCCUAGACACAUCGUGUGACAAUCUGGGGUGUGAGGCGAGUCGCGUGGUGAGUAGGUCUCGUCUGGCUAACCUUGAUUCGUCACGCCCAGUGGUGCACUUUGGUCGUGUGGCAUGUGGUGAUGGCGUAAUGAAAUCUGCGCAGGAUCGCGAUCGGUUUGUUGAGCAAUAUCAAGUGAUCGGGUUUGAGAUGGAAGCGGCGGGGGCUUGGGAUGCAUUUCCGACUGUUGUCAUCAAGGGAGUGUGCGACUAUGCUGAUAGUCACAAGAAUAAACUGUGGCAAGGCUAUAGCGCUGCAGUCGCAGCAUCGUGUAUGAAGGCGGUCCUG